CACAGACCAAAGUAGAUCAGAGAUCCAGCUGGACGCAGAGUGAGGCAGACUGCAGAUCCUAAGAAAAACGCAGCAGAUUGUCUCCCAGACACUUCCCAGCUUCUGGAAGAUUUGGCCAUCAAACCAAGACACAAAACAAAAACAAGAUUUCUUGGUGCAAACUGAACAUCUAAAACCUACGCCGGCUGACGGCAGCCCCAAGUCCGUGUGUGUGAUGUGACCGCUGACUGCGCAAAAUCUGCUGCUUGUGCGCACGAUGGAGGAACUUUUACGCGCACAGGAUGCUUUGUCCCAGAACAUUUCCUGGUACAACUCCAGCCACAUGAACAACACGCGUUCAGGGACCAACUUGGUAAACCCUUUAAAGCGAAAUGAAGAAGUAGCCAAAGUGGAAGUUACUGUCCUGGUUCUGGUGCUGCUGCUCGCACUGACCGGCAAUCUGUGCGUCCUGUGGGCUAUCCACACGACGAAGCACAGCCAGUCUCGGAUGUAUUACUUCAUGAAGCACCUGAGCAUCGCUGAUCUUGUUGUGGCGGUGUUCCAGGUCCUGCCGCAGCUCAUUUGGGACAUAACCUUUCGCUUUUACGGACCCGAUUUCCUUUGCAGGCUGGUGAAGUACCUGCAGGUCGUGGGCAUGUUCGCUUCCACCUACAUGCUGGUUCUGAUGUCCAUCGAUAGAUGUUUAGCGAUCUGUCAGCCGCUUCGCUCUGUGCACAAGGGGAAAGAUCGCGUCUGUGUGAUCGCAUCUUGGACCCUCAGUCUGGUUUUCAGCACCCCGCAAGCCUACAUUUUUUCUCUCAGGGACGUCGGUAAUGGUGUUUACGAUUGCUGGGGGGACUUCGUGCAACCCUGGGGUGCCAAAGCCUACAUCACGUGGAUGAGUCUAAGCAUUUACAUUCUUCCAGUAGCGAUAUUAAGCAUCUGCUACGGACUGAUAUGCUUUAAAAUAUGGCAGAAUGUCAAUAUGAAAACUAGGAGGGACCACUGUUUGACUCUUACCCCGAGGCCGUCCAAGGGCGCACAUCCACUGUCACGCGUGAGCAGCGUCAGGCUUAUUUCAAAAGCCAAGAUCCGCACGGUGAAAAUGACAUUCGUGGUGGUCAUGGCUUACAUUUUGUGUUGGACUCCUUUUUUCUUUGUCCAGAUGUGGUCUGCGUGGGAUCCUGCUGCACCAAGAGAAGACAUGGCCUUCAUCAUCUCCAUGUUGCUCGCCAGCCUCAACAGCUGCUGCAACCCCUGGAUCUACAUGUUCUUUGCCGGUCACCUGUUUCACGACCUGAUGCAGAGCUUCUUCUGCUGCUGCGGACACUACCUGGCGGACACUUCCUGCCGCUGCGAUCGGCAGUGCAGGCACAAGAGCGGCUCCUCCACUUAUGUCAUCAAGAACGGCAGCAGUAUGAGGAGCCUGUCGCACACGUCCAGCACAGGGGGGCCCGCGCACUGAGCGGGCCGAGAGUCGUCUAAAGCUUCCCGCGGUUGCCUUGGUCCGGCAAUCAUGCGAGGCCUUGGUUCAGGCAUUUAAUCAGCUACAGCGGAGCUGAGCUUGCCAUGGUACAAUGCUUGUUGUCAACUCUAUUUAAUUCAGCCAAACAGAGGACAUAAACCUCCUGUCUGGAAACAGCCCUGCACCCUGUGAUAACAGAGAGUAGAACAAAACACCAUUGUAUCCAAUAUGUGAACUAAAUGGGCUGCAAAGUGAAGUUUCAACCAGAGCACGGUGCAAUCUGGUGCACAUUUGAAUUCAGCAAAAUGGGUUCAAAAUGUUCACUCGCAGCUGCGGUCAACUCUGACAGGACCGGACGGGAUGGAGCAGAUUAUCGUCGGAGAAGCUAAAAAACUUUGUCUCCUGUUGUGGCUCUGGACAAACUGACUCUCAUUUGCAUCCUGGUUCACAUAACGAGGAGGAGGAAAUUCAUUAACGUAUACGGUGGUUUAAUGUAGCAUGUUCGAAUAUGUGUAUGUGUGAGAAGACUUAAAAUAGGACAAAAUACUACAUAUAUACUGAAUGUUUAGUUAGCUAGACGUGUCUGCUAUCUCUAAGUUUAAGCAACUAUAAACAUUCUUUAGAUUUUUUUUGCACUGUUUUUGCCCUUCAGAUUUAUAUUUCAUACACAUUUAGAGCAUAUGCUUCUCCAGGUAAUUUAUGUGCUGUAGAGCGUUUCUUGGUUCCUUUUGAGCAUUUCUGAGAACAGAAUUGAAACUGAUCAAACGUCUUAGUUUAGUUUCCACAGCGUCUAGUAGUCGUUCAGAAAAGGUACAUCAAUAUCAUGUAUUCCUUGUUUAA